AACGAAAAUAUCACAAAAUGAAACAAAAUUUUGAGUUUCACAGCAUUGUAUCAGUCAACAUCAUUAUAAAACACAUGCGUACUAUGUGACGCAAGAAUGGGGUGUGUUUGAUUCAUCUCAAAUUUCUUGAUAUUUCUAAGCUUAUGUCAGUUUCUUUUUCACAAUGAUGAAUUAAAUUAAUUAGAUGCACUAAAGAGAUGCAUUAAGCAAUUUUCACAAAUGAAGACAAAUUUCACAAAUCUAAACUAAAAGGCAAAUCAGAUUAUAGGAAAUUAAGCUACUAUCAAUCAAAAGGCAAAAUAAUCAGGGUAGAAACCCAAGCCAAAAUACUUGUCAGAUCAUGAAAUGUUAUUAGUAAAUGAGGAAAAAAACAUAUUUGACGUUGGGGUCAAUACCUUGCUUCUUUUAUUAGUAAAUUGACUAACUGCUGUAAGGAUGAAUGGCUUCAACCAUGUACAGGGCAUAAGUGUGGGUAACUAGCUGGAUCAAUGCCAAUUUGGCUGCUAUGUUUAGGCUAGGGGCAAAAGGUUCCCUUGAAAGCUAUGGAGACCGUUCUGCUUUCUGCUUUGGGUCUGGCCUCUUUCCAUCUCUGUGCCAUGACAAUGUCAUAUUUUUUUUAUCAGGCAGGCCCAUAUCCUAAUAUAAGAGCCCUGGUAGAUCAAACUUAAGGCCUGGCUAGCUCUGCAUCCUAUUUCCCACAGUGAGCAUCCAGAUGCCUCUGGGAAGGCCGAAAGAACCAGUUUCUGUUCACUGUUUCAGCCCAGCAAGUGAUAUUCAGAAGCACACCUCUAGCAUCUUCACCAUGGCUAGUAGCCAAUGAUAGCAUCCUCCAUGAUUUGUUUAUUUAAUUUCUAAAUCACCCUUAUCCCAAAGGGAUCCCAAUCUGGUGUACAGCAAAUAAUAAAUACAAUAACAUCAUAUACAUUACCACCAAGAGUCAUGUAACUUCCAGUGGUAUCAUCAUGACAAGCAAAACAGUUCCCAUCAAAUUCUCCCAAAUGCCUGAUAGAACAAAAACUUGUUUACCUGAGGACGAAAAAUCAGUACUGAUGGGGACAAUCAUACUUCUAAAGGAAGGAGUCCACAACAGACACCACAGCAGUGAAGAACUACCCUAGGUUACCACAUAAUGUAACAGAUGCAGAUGGAACCACAAUUAAGGCCUCUCCCACAAAUCCUAAAGCUUGGGAUUGGAACCUGAAAACCAUCUACAUCUGUGUUGGUACAGAGAGGUAAUGAGCUCUCCUCCCUCCAUGCACAAGAAGAGAAGUAACUGUGAUCUCUCAAAACCAACAUUUGCGGCCACUAGCCCUCCUGCAUUAUGAAGGGAACAUCCAGCCCACCCCUGUCUCUGCCUAGGAGAUCAGGACAGCUUGGUUUCCUUGGGCAAAUCCCAUUGAUAAACACAUGUAGUAGAUGCCAAAUGGUCUAGAUAUGGGCUGGGGUAAAUACCCUUUUAAGUGUGGCACAAACAUAUGCACACAUAAAAAAGACCCAACGGACGAUUUUGAGAGACCUUAUUAAGAGGUUUAUGUAGGCAAAAAUGAAAAGGUCCAUGAAAGAAAUUAAAGCAACAAACAGAAUGGGCACAUGCCACAAGCAAAGGAGCUUAAGAUCUUUGGGAAAUGGGGGUCCUCAAAGUGGUAGCUGCCACUGGAGUUGUUCCUGCUUUUAACUCAGGUGAAAUAUGACCUCUUUACUUGAACAUAAUGGAUGACUGGAAUAAUGUUAAAGUGUUAAAGGAAUUUUGCUUUGAAAAAUACAAAUUUUAUAGAGACUGCAUUUUGAUAAAGUACAGAGUCUUUUAAAAGUACGUACAAUUAAUGUUUCACUUUUCUCUAACCCCCAUACUGAUAUAGCAAUGGAUCUGUCUUUUCAACAUAUUGACAGUAGUAAAGAAUUUGACAUAUUUUUCAUGAGAGGCUUAUUGUUUAAACUGAACUGAAUAUAUUAUCCCCCCCGCCUUUUUUCCCUUUCUUUUUUACACCACAGUACUUCUGUCAUGGUGCUCUUAGCACCUAAAGGUCUUAACAUUAUCACAAAUGAGAAUGCUCUGCAUUUGCAGCUGACAUGUUCCUAAACCCUGUCAAAAGCAUUCUUUAAAUAAUGCAUCAGCAUGUGUUUGUGAUGCUGGCUUUGUACAUACACUCUGACUAUUAUAAGUGAGGGUUUGUUGUCAAUGGCACCAGGCACAGCUUCCAGCUUGUCAAAUAUCAGUUAUGUGACACUGUCACUUAAUGACAGCCACCCCUAAACGAAAGGAUGCACAGUUGCUCACAGCUUACUUAUAUCGAGGAAGGGGUGAAAUUCACACAUUAUUUGACCACCUCCAGCACACCUCCACUGAAAUACUGAUAGUGGGCUUUGGUAAUGGGGAGUAUUGAAGCCUCCAGCUCUGUUCUGUAGACUCUGCUAUGUUUGGCGCUGAAACCAGUGGCAUCAUAAAAGUUGAAUGUGAACAAAUAUAUAUAGAGAGAGGAAAUUUGGAUGGAGUGAAACUUUAAUCACAGAAACUGUGCUUCUAUAGACCUGUUCUGGGUGCAAAUAUUUUCCUUUCAGCAAACAACACACCUUGCUCUAGUUACAUGGGGAGGGGGCCCCAUUUAUCAAUGUGAUUAUUCUUCAUGAGCUCCUGUAUUGUGGGUUACUAUGAGAGAGAGAGAAAUAUUAUCUGAUAGGCUUGAAAUGUACUUGUUAUUUAUUGUAAUCCAGUGUCCUUUGGUGAACUCAUCUGUUCUUUCAUCUUCCUUCACUGCUGUUGCCUUCAGGGCAAACCCUCCCUCAAGUCUUCCCAUCUGCAUUGCCUGUGUGUCAUCUCUUAUUCCCCCGAAAUUUCUUGAAUCUGGUGCAAAAUAACCCACCUUAUCAAAUGGAGGUGGCGGUCAAAGGAGUCGGGCCGGCACAGAGGAGGCGGCAGUGGUUGCAGGAGGAAGCAUUUUCAAUUUUGCCUGAAGCAGCAAAAUGUCCUGGACUGGCCCUGACAAUUAUAGUGAAUUUCAUGAGAAGCUACCGGUGGAUGUUGGUACAGUGGAUAAGAACGUCAUGUGUAGCAAACUGUAGGUUGACAUAAUAAUCAUGCAGCAGUACAUGUCUGCUGAUACCAGUGCAGAAAAGCUGCAUCAUUCCCAUGAAAGCACAGGUGCUGUUCAGAUGAGGAUCAAAAAUGCCAACAGCCCCCAUGACAGACACAGCCAAAGCAAAUCUAUGAUACUGUCUGAUAAUGUGAAAGUCAUUGAGCCCAUAUCCCGUCAUAGAAGGAAUCAUUCCCAACACAAUUUAACACUUUCUGAGUUCAUCAGCCCACUGGAGCAAACGGUAAUCAAAGAAGGGUGUCUUCUAAAAGCUAAAAUUGCAGAUGGAGGCAAGAAGCAAAGGAAAAACUGGACGACUUCUUGGCUUGUUCUCACCGGUCAGAAAAUAGAAUUUUACAAGGAAUCCAAGCAGGCAGCCGCGGCCAAUCUGAAAGCAGGGUAUAAACCUGAAUGGGUGGACUUGUGUGGAGCUCACAUCGAAUGGACAAAAGACAAGUCUAGCAAAAAGAAUGUUUUCCAGAUCACAACAGCAUCCGGAAAUGAGGUCCUUCUUCACUCAGAUAUUGACUUCAUCAUACUGGAGUGGUUCAAUGCUAUAAAAAAUGUAAUUGACAGAUUGCCCAAAGAGAAGACUAACAAGUCAAGGAAAAAUGAGUUCAAGCUUGCAAGAUCCUCUAGCUCUGAAUUGCUGAGCAGCUUUGAGGCUGAAUCUAAGGAGCCAAAGGCAGAAAACAGAAGGUCUUUGAUUUUCAGGCUGAACUACAGCACUUCUGAUACAACUGACAAAAACCGAGUUAAAAGCAGACUAAAGAAGUUUAUCACUCGAAGACCUUCACUGAAAACGUUGCAAGAAAAGGGGAUCAUUAAAGAUCAAGUUUUCGGUUCCCCUUUGCACAAAGUGUGUGAACUUGAUGGCGCCACAGUCCCUAAGUUUGUAAAGACGUGCAUCAAAGCUGUUGAAGAUCGAGGUCUGGAUGUUGAUGGAAUAUACAGAGUCAGCGGCAAUCUGGCAACGAUACAGAAGUUGCGAUUUGUUGUCAAUCAUGAAGAGAAGCUGAAUUUGGACGACAGCCAGUGGGAGGACAUCCACGUUGUCACCGGAGCACUCAAGAUGUUUUUCAGAGAGCUGCCUGAGCCACUGUUCCCAUACUGCUUCUUUGAACAGUUUGUGGAGGCAAUAAAAAUUCAAGACAGCAAAAGUAGAGUGAAAGUCAUCAAAGACCUUGUACAGAAGCUCCCGAGACCAAACUACGACACCAUGAAAAUAUUAUUUGAACACUUGCAAAAGAUAGCAGCCAAGGAGAACGUGAAUCUUAUGUCACAGCAGAGUUUGGGGAUUGUUUUUGGACCGACGCUCCUUCGGCCUGAAAAAGAGACAGGCUCCAUGGCAGUGAACAUGCUAUACCAAAACCAGAUUGUUGAGCUAAUGUUAAGCGAGUACACCAAGAUCUUCAACUGCGAGAAAGACUGACAGACAGGGAGUGUUACUGAAUAUAUUCACAUCUGUCUUUGAAUCUAAUAUUUUUACAUUUCUGUAAACAUCUUUCUGAAACAUUUCUUUUCCCCUCAAGUGACAGAUGCCUCGUUUUGUGAAAACUUAAUGACAAUUUUGUCUUUAAAUUUCCAAACAUUGGAAUAAAAAUACAUUGUCAAUAUUUGCUUAUAUGUACUCAGCAUUAACCCUUUGAAUGAAUCAUUCUCUGCCAGCACUCCGCCCCCAGGGCUUUGCCAUUUUGCAUGCCUUCAUUUUACAGCUGGGAUUUGACAAUUUUGCCAAAUCCAGAUGAAAGAUAGCUUAGAGGCAUGUGCAA